GGGGGUAACAGGGCUGGACACACAUCCUCUCUCCCUCUUUCCAUGCCUCCAGCUCUCCUUCAGGACAGCUGUGGGGGGGCUAAAUCAGAGCACACAAACAUAGUUAGUAGUCGGAGAGGCUUGGCGGCGGAGCGUCCACUGGGAGUAGGAUCCUCAGGCUGAAGCUGGGCUCUGUCUUUGCUUUGUAGACGUCAAGGACUUCACUGGAGUUGCACAUUCACUGCUGGAGAGGAUUAGAUGGGUUUAUCUUUUCACCGUGUGGAUAUUUAAUUGAAUUCACUGCUGCUCUUCGUGGGGGCAAACACACGUUUUGGAAAUUGGGUGAAGAAGAAGAAGAAAGAAGCAGAAAGAUAAAAGUCCUCCAUUCCAUGGUGACAGAAGGCGUCUUUUCUCUCCUUCAUUCUCCUUCAAGUUGAGGGGACAUGUCGCGACCUCCGUCCUCCCAGACCACUCCUCAGUUCUACAGAGUCAGCGACAGAGACCUCACAGAGAUCGAGCUCCACUCUGUGGACUCCAUCAACGACCUGCACCGAACGCACGCCGAGCACAGCCACAAAGGGACGAGGCCUCCUCGGCCUGCGUACACGCCGUCCCCGAACGGGAACCUCUUCACCUGCGACAGGACAGCUGUCAAUCAAAGGGGCCAUCCGGUCACAUGGCAGAGUCGCCUGCAGGACAUGCUGACGCCAAGUUCAUCACGAGCUUACGCCAUGGGCUGCGCCAUUAUCACUCUGCUCCUGCUGACGGUGUUGCUCAUCUUCUACUUUUUAGUCCAGCAGGGUGGAGCGAUCCGGAUGCUGACCGAGGCGGUGAGGGAGAAGGAGGCUGCAGCCACAGAGCUGACCCUGCUCCUCCAGGAACUCCAGGCUCUGAGACUCAACCUGACAGCCAUGAGAGCACAGACAUGAGGAAGAUACGCGUAGAGAAACUGUUGCGCGCACGCGAGUUUAUUAGUUUAAUUGUGAAACAUGUGGCAACAUGUUCUGUGAAUGUGUUUCAAGGCUUCUCACUGUGUCCUGCCUCCAUAGUACGUAGUUGCUGUGCUGUUCAUUCACAAUUAAUGCACCGACUAAUGUCUUGACACUAUGUUUAUUUUGCUGUCGUCUCACAAACUGGAUUUAUGUGACAAACUUUAAACCGCCUGUUUCAA